UUAGAACAAUGUGACCAAAUACAAAAUGAAUAUCAAAAUUUGAGGCCGAUGCCCUUAUCGACGACCCUAGCAUCAAUUUUAACGAGCAGUCGACCAGCAAUAUCAAAUACUCCCAACACUUAAAAAUGGCAUUGAGAAUGCAACCUUGUAGUUUAAUCCAUUCAGCAACAAACUCAAACUCAAUUGGCCUUACCUCAAAACUAAAACCUCAUUCACUUCCCAAUUCUUCUCAUUUUCAAGUAUUUGCAGCCAAUAUGUCCUCUGUUGCUCAUGUUCCUAAAAUCAUUGAUUCCCACCUCCAUGUUUGGGCUUCUCCGCAAGAGGCUGCAGAGAAAUACCCUUAUUUCCCAGGCCAAGAACCCACCUUACCUGGACAUGCUGAAUUCUUGCUUGAGUGUAUGGAUGAAGCAGUUGUAGAUGGUGCUUUGAUUGUGCAGCCAAUUAACCACAAAUUUGAUCAUUCUUAUGUUACAAGCAUUUUGAAGAAAUACCCCACCAAAUUUGCUGGCUGUUGCCUUGCAAAUCCUGCAGAUGACGGAAGUGGGAUUAAACAACUCGAGGAUCUUGUUUCCAAGGAUGGUUAUCGUGCAGUUCGUUUCAAUCCAUAUCUAUGGCCAUCUGGUCAGAAGAUGACAAACAAGAUAGGAAAGGCACUGUUUUCAAAGGCUGGAGAGCUUGGCGUACCAGUAGGCUUCAUGUGUAUGAAGGGUCUAAAUCUGCAUUUUUCUGAGAUUGAGGAAUUGUGUACAGAAUACCCCACAACUCCUGUGCUAAUAGAUCAUAUGGGUUUCUGCAAGCCACCAACUAAUGACGAUGAAAGUUUGGCCUUCUCUAAUCUGUUGAAGUUAUCUCAAUUUCUACAGGUUCAUGUAAAAUUCAGUGCCCUGUUCAGGAUUUCGAGAGAGGCAUUUCCAUACCAGGACUUGUCUUCUCCAUUCUCUCAAAUCAUUUCGAGUUUUGGUGCUGAUAGAAUUAUGUGGGGCAGUGAUUUUCCAUUUGUGGUUUCCGAAUGUGGUUACAAGGAAGCAAAAGAAGCCGUGUCUCUAAUUGCUGAGCAAGCAAACAUGACAGCUUCGGAGUUGAAUUGGAUAAUGGGUGGAACUAUCAUGAAGCUAUUCCCAGGCCAUUGGAUUUCUUCCUAAAGCUUAAUCAAGGUGUCUAUACAUUUUCUUGGAGCUACAUAGGGCUUGAAAUCCUUGAAUGCUAGGUUUGAAGUUGAUCAAGGUCAGCUUGAUAGUAUUGUUGCUUUUACUCCACUCUUCGGUAGUGUUUUCAAUCAGCACCGGUAGGACUUGCUAUUAUUAGCUUAUCUAUUCUUGAAAUUAUGCGAAAUGUUUAGACUCUCAAGGAUCAAAUAUAAGUCGUGUAAAAAAUUAAUUAUGUGCAUUCAGACAAACAUAUAGCUAAGAGCCUAAGAGUACUUUGUAUAUCGUAUUAUCGUGAGCCAAAUUCAAUAGAUUUCGUGUUCCGCUUGUUUGAGCCAAA